CUCAGCUUGGUGCAACAAACUAUGGACCUUUUAGCGUUGAGGUAAUCGAUCCAGUAGCGGAUUAUUUGGAGCUUUUGGAGCAAGUAUUUGAUUUUUCACUUGUCAGGAGCCUUAUAUUACGGCCAGAUUUCAGAUCUCUGAAAUCAAAGUAGCUGAUAUUCCGGACAUCAAUCUCUCUCAGCUUGGUGCAACAAACUAUGGACCUUUUAGCGUUGAGGUAAUCGAUCCAGUAGCGGAUUAUUUGGAGCUUUUGGAGCAAGUAUUUGAUUUUUCACUUGUCAGGAGCCUUAUAUUACGGCCAGAUUUCAGGUUCACAUUUGAUGCCAUGCAUGCCGUCACUGGUGCAUAUGCCAAACCAAUUUUUGUGGACAAGCUGGGAGCUAGCAUCGAUUACAUUUUAAACGGAGUGCCUCUUGAAGAUUUUGGACAUGGCCAUCCAGAUCCUAACCUCACAUAUGCGAAGGAAUUGGUGGACCUCAUGUAUGGAGAAAACGGACCUGAUUUUGGCGCUGCAAGUGAUGGAGAUGGUGAUAGAAACAUGAUUCUUGGGAAAGGAUUUUUCGUGACUCCUUCAGAUUCUGUUGCUAUUAUUGCUGCCAACGCAGAAAAGGCCAUCCCAUACUUCAAAACUGGCCCAAAGGGCUUGGCUCGAUCCAUGCCGACUAGUGGUGCUCUGGAUCGUGUAGCAGAGAAGUUAAACCUUCCCUUCUAUGAGGUGCCCACUGGUUGGAAAUUUUUCGGGAACCUGAUGGAUGCAGGGAAAUUGUCGAUCUGUGGAGAAGAAAGUUUUGGAACUGGUUCUGAUCACAUCCGUGAGAAAGAUGGUAUCUGGGCUGUUUUAGCUUGGUUGUCGAUAAUUGCUUUUAGAAAUAAGGACAAGAAACCUGGGGAAAAGUUGGUUUCUGUGUCUGAUGUUGUGUAUGAGCAUUGGGCGACUUAUGGAAGGAACUUCUUCUCUAGAUAUGACUACGAGGAAUGUGAGUCCAAUGGGGCUAAUAAAAUGAUUGACUAUCUUAGAGACUUGAUUUCCAAAGGCAAGACCGGCGAUGUAUAUGGAGACUACACCCUGCAGUUUGCAGAUGACUUCACCUACACUGAUCCUGUGGACGGCAGCGUAGUUACCAAGCAAGGCGUGCGUUUUGUGUUCACUGAUGGAUCCAGGAUUAUAUUCAGGCUAUCGGGUACCGGGUCUGCUGGUGCAACUGUUCGUAUAUAUAUUGAACAAUUUGAGCCGGAUUCAUCCAAGCACGACGUGGAUGCACAAAUAGCAUUGAAACCAUUGAUAGAUCUGGCUUUAUCUACAUCGAAGCUGAAGGAGUUCACUAGAAGGGAGCAGCCAACGGUCAUCACAUAGAUUGGGAUCUUUGAGGAAGAAACGACAGCGUUUGACCAUACCUGAGGUUGGAUAUUCAUCCUCGUGUCUGAUACUCUGAUUCACAAUUGGUUAGUUUAGUUUGUUUUUUCUAUAUAACUUGCAUCAGUAGUCCUGGUUGAGAAACUCAUUCUAUUCACAUGCUGAUGCAAAAUCCUGUUAACAUAUUUAUACAAAUCAUCAUCGGAAUGUAUGGGACGUCGAACAGAAUGCACGUUUUACCCUUGUGAGGUAGCAUAUGUUCUAGUAUCA